AUGGUCAUUGUGUACCGCCAGCCAGUCCUCCGUGGGACUUUCAGUCAGAUGGACGUCCAGGUGCGAGGGCGUGUGCCGCACCAGAAAUCGCCGCGAAUCAACCUGAGACAGAAGGUCUCGCAAAGUGCACCAGAGGUCGGCAUCGGCCCCGCCUGGAGCGCUGCCACAUUCCUGAAUGUGCGCAACACCGUUGCGGACAUUAUCCGCGUCAGUCCAGACUAUGCAAGGAUGACCAGUAUAAAGAAGGCCAUCCCAUUGAUCGAGAACCCACUCAUGACCGAGCCGCGCCGCAGCAAAGCGAGGGCAGUGGCGAAUGCGGUGUUCGACCGAAUCUUCCACACCACAAUGCGCACAGAGUCCGCUCUGGCACAAAUCGAAGUGCUUCCGACAGCCGAGAACAAGAAGGUCCCCAUCCGUGUCAAAAGGUCAAACGUGGAGAAGCUCAUCGCGGCGGCUGUUGAAGCAACCCAGGAAGCAUCGAACAACAGCUCCUUGAAGAGGCGAAUUCGCCAGCGCUUGCACAAAAAGCUGGGCUCCAUCCUCUCGAAGAAAGACUUCGCAGCUGCAAUGGACAAGUUCAAGCAGAUGACCGACGAUGUGUCACCGACGAACACCCCGCAGACCUCGAACUCCGAGGAUGAAGCAAAGCACACUGAGGCCUCGAGCUCCAAGGACACCAGGUCCGCUUUUCCACUCCCAGUGGAGCGAACCUUCAUCCACUUCCAAAUUUAUCCGACAUGCCAGAGGCGUUCCAGCUCCGUGCCGACGCGGGGCCGAAGCGGGAGCAUGUGA